UUGUGUCAAGCCAAGUGGAUUAGGCUCCCUUUGCGGCCACUGAACGAGGCAGCCACCUCAAGGAGGAGGUGACAGGCAGGCUUUGAUCCUCCGGAGCGCCUCCUCAGAGAGGUCCUCGCCGCUCGUCUUUCAGCCAAACACUUUAUUUCAAGGGGGGUCUUAACCGCCUUCAUUUUGUAAUCCUCCAGGUUGGGGGUCCCGGACUCGUUUCUUUCUGGAAAAAGCUCGGAUUCGGAGAUGCAUUAGCGUUUAGAGGCUUCCUCUUGACUUAAGGUAUGAUGUGAAUAUGCGUUGCCUGGCGGCCCGCAUCAACUACAAGACCCUGAUUGUCAUCUGUGUGCUUUUCACCCUGGUGACAAUCCUGCUCUGGAAUCGGUGCUCCAGCGGUCAAGCGGGGUCUUUCCUGCGCGGCGGUGUUGGCGGCUUCCGGGUCGAGAGUCCGGAGAAGCGGGCAGCCCCUUCGGAAAGCAAUGCGGGGCGCGAGGGUGAUGGGGGUCCCAUCCCGGCCAGGCCACAGAGCGAGGAGGCCUCCCCACAGGAACAGCAGAAGGCCCCGCCGGUGGUGGCAGGGGGUGGCUUCCGUGGAAACAAGGCCCCAGGCCCCAAGUACGAGGAGAUCGACUGCCUGAUCAAUGAGGAGCACACUAUCAAGGGCCGGCGGGAGGGCACUGAGGUCUUCCUGCCUUUCUCCUGGGUGGAGAAGUACUUCGACGUGUACGGCAAGGUCGCCCAGUAUGACGGCUAUGACCGCUUCGAGUUCUCGCACAGCUACUCUAAGGUCUACGCCCAGAGAGGCCCCUACCACCCGGAUGGCGUCUUCAUGUCCUUUGAGGGGUACAACGUGGAGGUCCGGGACCGGGUCAAGUGCAUUAGCGGUGUUGAAGGGGUGCCGCUGUCAACGCAGUGGGGCCCACAGGGCUACUUCUACCCAAUCCAGAUUGCCCAGUACGGGCUCAGCCACUACAGCAAGAACCUGACGGAGAAGCCGCCGAACAUCGUGGUCUACGAGACGGCUGAGGAACGGGAGCCGGGCGGACGGGCGGGGGACUGGACCGUGCCCAAGGGCAGCUCGGUGACAACAGUGCAGGACAAGGCCCGCUUCACCAACGUCAAGCACUUCGUGGUCCCAGAAAACUCGGAGGGCGCCUGGCUGCCGCUGGGCAACGCGCGGGACUUCAUCCUCUCCUUUGACCUCCGCUUCGUGGCCAAUGGGAGUAUUUCGGUGGUCCUGGAGACGACGGAGAAAGGCCCACCCUUCACAGUGCAUUACGUCUCAGACACCCACCUUAUCUCCUUCAAGGACCGGGACGUCUCCUACGGGAUUGGUCCCCGGACCAGCUGGAGCACCGUCACCCGGGACCUGGUGACGGACCUGCGCAAAGGGGUGGGCCUCUCCCACACCAAGGCGGUCAAGCAGACCAAGAUCAUGCCCAAGAAGGUGGUGCGGCUGGUGGUGCGGGGCAAGGGCUUUAUUGACAACGUCACCAUCUCCUCCACCGCCCACAUGGCCGCCUUUUUUGCUGCCAGCGACUGGCUGGUCCGGAACCAGGACGAGAAGGGCGGCUGGCCCAUCAUGGUGACCCGGAAGCUGGGAGAAGGGUUCAAGUCUCUGGAUCCGGGUUGGUACUCAGCCAUGGCUCAAGGGCAGGCCAUUUCCACUUUAGUGAGGGCUUACCUCUUGACCAAAGACCACACUUUCCUCGCGGCGGCUCUGAGGGCGACAGCUCCGUACAAGCUCCCCUCGGAGCAGCGCGGAGUGAAGGCCGUCUUCAUGAACAAGCACGACUGGUACGAAGAGUACCCCACAUCGCCCAGCUCAUUUGUGCUGAACGGCUUCAUGUACUCCCUGAUUGGCUUGUACGACCUAAAGGAGACGGCUGGGGAGAAGCUGGGCAGGGAGGCCCGGCUGCUUUAUGAGCGCGGCAUGGAGUCCCUGAAGGCCAUGCUCCCGCUGUACGACACCGGCUCCGGCACCAUCUACGACCUGCGGCACUUCAUGCUGGGGUCGGCCCCCAACUUGGCCCGCUGGGACUACCACACCACCCACAUCAACCAGCUCCAGCUGCUCAGCACCGUCGAUGACAGCCCUGUCUUCAAGGAGUUCGUCAAACGCUGGAAGGGCUACCUGCGUGGCGGGCGGGCCAAGCACAACUGAGCCGGAAACCCCUCCAAAAAAACAAGGGGAUUUCUUGUCCCCCGUUGUGGCGCAGAGCGUCGAAGUGGUGUCCAACAACUCCGUGCGUGUGCGUUCCGUUUGUGUGAUUAUUUUUUUAUAACAGAGACUCUUCAAAAGUAUAAUUAUAAAGUGAUCCUUAAAACCAGGCCUGUGCAAGCUGUCACCCUCCAUGUGUUUUGGACUUCAGAUCCCAGAAUUCCCUACCAUUGGACAAACUGGCAUUAGGGGCUUCUGGGGGUCAGAGGCCCAAACGCCUGGAGGAAGCAGGUUGAAGAGGUCUGCUUGAAACCAUUAUUUUUCUGUUUCCCAAACUAUGCUCUUCUGAGUAUUUUGGACUUCAGCUCCCAGAAUUCCCAAUCUUUGGCUAAUUGAAGACCAAAACACUUGUAGGACUAACAUUUGGGAAUCACUAUUUUGAACUACUGCAUUCCAGUGGUUUAAUCUGUUAGGUCAGUAGUGUACAACCUUUAGUCCUCCAAGUGUUUUGGACUUUAGCUCCCAGAAUUCCUGGUCAAAAUGGCAAUAGAAGCUUCUGGGAGUCAAAGACCCAAAUGCCUGGAGGUCCGCAGGUUGAAGAGGUCUGCUUGAAACCAUUAUUUUCCAGUGUUUCCCAAACUCUGCUCUUCUGAGUAUUUUGGACUUCAACUCCCAGAAUCCCUAAUCCUUGACCAACUGAAGUCCAAAACACUUGCAGAGCUAACAUUUGGGAAUCGUAGUUUUGAACUAUUGCAUUCCAGUGGUUUAAUCCAUUAGAUCAGUAGUGUUCAAUCUUUGGUCCUCCAAGUGUUUUGGACUUCAGCUCCCAUAAUUCCUGGUCAAACUGGCAAUAGGGGCUUCUGGGAGUUGGAGUCCUAAACACCUGGAGAAGCACAGGCUGGACAGCACUACUUUAGGGCAAGGAAGGACAAUGGAGGGGCUUCAUGUGGCUCCUGGAUCUGUGGCCCAUGGAGCCUCUACCAGCCCCCUAAACUUGUCUCAUUUUCCCUCCUUAUUUUUAUUUUAAAUUAGUAUGAUUUGGGUGGCAGUUUUUGCCAAAAUCACCCUCUCACACUUGAGAAAACACGGGAAGAUAUACCCUCACCCUCUCACAAAAAUAGCAGAACUUUUUGCUGCCCCAAAACAUCUCAAAUUUUCUGCUGCUGCUUCUCUCCGAAUGGCAAAAGGAAGUGACACCCUGUUGUCAUUUUGAGAGUGAUUGCAGGAGGAAAAUGGGGAGAUUGGGCCCUGGAAUGCAUCCUGGAGAGGACAUUAGACCCUCCUCACAGUCGCUCAGCCCCCUUUUUGUCGCAUUCGAGGUACUUUUACAAAGUGGGCGUCCAAUGCGACCGAAUCCCAACUUUUGUACACUUGUUUACUUCUUCACAAUGGUUCGUCAUAACACUUGUGCAUUAUUACGUGUCUACUUCAGACAGCCUUUUCUCUUGUGUUUUUGUUGUUUGUCUUUUUUAGGGCAAAGAAUACUACAGAAACCAUCGUUUUUCGGGUACAACAGUGGGUUUGGGAAAACAACAAGAAAAAAAGAGAAAAUAAUAUUAUUCCCAUUCCUUUGAGCCAAUAUUUUUAACACUAAGUGGUCUCAUGACAGAAGCCUGUUUACUUUUCACCCAGAGAGUGCAGGGUGUCUGUUUUUCCUAAGUAUAUACAUACAUAUAUAUAUAUAUUUCCCCCUUUGGGGGAUUGUUCAGAGGUGUUUGGUUUAAGAUUCCGUAUGCUGGAAAAUUUGGUCUGUUGGGAUAUUUUCGUUCUUUAAGCACAACAAGGAAUGGGACCAGCUGACUGCACAAAAACAGAGCCAACCUGGUUCUACCAUCUCACACUUUUACGUUCAACACUAACCCUUUGUAUUAAGCUGUUUUGUAUUUUUCUGUUUUUUUGGGAGAUUUGGGUGGCACUUUUGCAUCCUCGGUACUUUCUGAAAGUAAGUGCAAAUCACCUCAGUUUGCAGAAGGAGCUCCAACUGAACCUCUUUUCUACAGCUCCUCUUGUUCAUGAAGCUCCUCUUCGGUGAAUGAUUGUCUUUUAUGUUUGUGAUUUAUUUCAAUUUGGCAAAGGAAUCUGGUCUGUGAAGCUGCUCACUACAAUUCAGUGACUGCCAGGCUUUUGUAACUUUGGUCCUGCAGCUGUUUUGAACCGCAUGAUUUCUGUAUUGUCGAAGGCUUUCAUGGCCGGAAUCACUGAGUGAUUGUGAGUUUUCCAGGCUGUAUGGCCAUGUUCCAGAAGCAUGCUCUCCUGACGUUUCACCUGCAUCUGUGGCAGGCAUCCUCAGAGGUUGUGAGGUUUGUUGUGAGGAGGAGCAGAAUGACCUCACAACCUUCUGAGGAUGCCUGCUAUAGAUGCAGGCGAAACGUUAGGAGAGAAUGCUUCUGGACCAUGGCCAUACAGCCUGGAAAACUCACAACAACACAUUAUUUAUUUCCAUUUCUUCUGCUACAAAAUAAACAUCUCCAAUAUGGCAAAUUUCCUCCUGGUUCCUGAGAAGCCGACACCUUGAGAGAUACAGUCUUCACGGAAGCAAAUGGAUCAGCCAUAAUAACAAGAGAGCCUUGCCCUUAUUCCUAUAGAUGCAUUUGCCACUGAGAUGGGCCGAAAUCUUCCCAAACAAGUUUCCUGGGGAACUUUGUCUAUUAUAAUUUGGUGAGCUUUGCAUCUCAAGUCCAAGAUGCCUUCUGACCAAACCAGGCACAGCUUUCUGUAGCGAUAUUUCUUUCCCCCUUUUCCCUCCCUGCAUGAAAACCCCCAAAUCCAUCCAUCAUCUGUUGGCAAACUCCUGAGUGACAUCCAGAAAGCCUUUUGGGCAUUCGAUUCCUUUCUGCCCACUUAUUCGUAGGAUUGCGAUAAGCACCUUUUGGGGUGCUUCCAAAUCUUCCCCCGUUCUUUUAUCUCCCUCUUUGGCAAAUGCGCAUUUCCCAGGCAAGUCUGGGAUGAUACUACAUGUUUCUACGGUACGAAGGGGCACAAAACAACAUGCCAACAAACUCUGGUGCUAACACAUUGGCACAAGAGUUUUAAGAUGAGAGUAGAGCCCAUUUCCCACAUUGCCAUCUAAAGUAUGCCAUCUUGACUUUCCCCUCCAUUUCUCCUUGAAAUUGGUGACAAGAAAUGGCAUUUCUUUAUUAUUUGGGGGGAGAAAUGGAAAUAAAAAGUAAUGAGAAA